AUGGUAUCUCAAAGCUACAGCUCGACCGCACGAGCUGGUGGUAAACCAUCCACCCAGUCCGAGAACACCCCCAACUUCCAAGACCCGACCUUUGACCCCGCCGAGUUCCUCAACGAGACACUGUCGCCAUUGACAGUAUCAUCCUUCCAGCCCAAUGCAUCCCGGGCGCCAGGCUCCGUGCCCCUGACGGAGCUGUCAGCUCAAGUCCAGUCAUUGCUAUCGCAGAUCAGCGCACAGAACGUCCGUCUAUCGAGUACACUCUCCCAACUCAGCGAUGAGAUUCUUCGCAGCGGUGGACGGCUAGCCUACGAAGUGGAAGUGCUACGGGGAGAAACAAUUGGACUGUCCGAGACCCUGACCGAGGUCUUGCGCGAGGACAUUACCAAGUUUGUCACCGACUUACCCUCAGAGGCAAAGACCAGCGCGGCCAAUCGCAAGAAGGAGGAAUCUACAAAAGAGACGACCGAAGAGAUCACUGCCAUCCAGGAAGACGCAGAGCCCACCGAGGAGCAGGAGGAACCCCUAGCUACGAACGACCCCGAAUACAUUACCAAUCUCCGCACCCUCAACCAAGUCCGCUCCCGGCUCGAAGACGUUGUCCAGACCUUUGGCGAUGCAAUGGAAUGGCCACUUCCACCCUCCGAAAUCUCCUUCUCCUCGUCCUUUAUCUCCGUAUCGGGUCCCGAGCUAGGCACCGAGGGCCACAGCCAAGAAGAAAAGGGACAGGAAAUCAUGAAGAAAAUACGAACCGAGAUCACAGACCUACUGGAUCGUGAUGGGGGUGGGCGUGAUGGACUGGAGGCCGCUACUCGCCGCGUCGAGGCUCUGCGGAACCUUUCGGUGGUUUGGAAGGGUUCUGCGGAGGAGAAGGCACGCCAAAGAUUCGUGGAUGCCUUGGCUAGGAUCGUGGACGAGAGGCGUCGGAUUCUAGAGCACCAGCAGGCCAUGGCCGAGCAGAGUCAACGAGGGCCUCGAUCGCGAACGGAGCAAAGGCGCGAUAGUGACAGUGGAGGACCCGGGGGCGGACUAUUCCGCAACUUGCAGCGCCUGCGGGAGGAGAUUUAUUUAGAGUAG